AGCAGUUAAUCUGCGAUCAGAAAUGGCAGAGUUACAGCAGACUCGAGUGCAGAAAGCAGUGGAGGAUAUGGUUCAGAGUCUGGAAAGAGAUCAUAUCCGUAAAAUGCAGGGACGCAUGUUUCGCUGCAGUGCUGAAUGCUGCGAGAAUCCAGGUUACUCUAUGAAUCAGGUGCAUCAGUGUAUAGACAGCUGUCAUACACCAUUGGCUAAAGCUCAAGGACUGGUCACUAGUGAGCUUGAACAAUUUCAGGAUCGCCUCACAAGGUGUACAAUGCACUGUAAUGACAAGGCCAAGGACCUGUUCGACUCGGGAGCAAAGGAGCCUGCUGUGCGGGCGCUGAUGGACAAAUGUGUCGGCAGCUGCGUGGAUGACCACCUGAACCUGCUGCCCAGCAUGACCCACAAACUGAAGGAAAGCUUGAACUCUAUACCUCAGUGAAGAAGCCGACGCUGUAUUCCGUUAUGGCGGUGCAAGGCUAUACAAAAUGGUUGAAAUGAACUCAUGUCUUUACUGAAUGAAAGAGCUUGACCUUGAGAAGGUUACUUAAGGCUUUCACCUCAGUUUGAGUGAAUGGCGUGCGUUUGUUUCUCUCUUGAUGUUGUUUGUGGUUUUUGUACAGACAAUAAAGAAUGUGGUCCAAAGUAAGCUUGCCAUUUGUUAAAGUUAUUAACAUAUGUUUAUUAUGCUGCGUUGUGGAAUACUUAAUUCUGAUUGGUCAAUUGCAGCAUCCUGCAUUAUAAUGCAAUUCUUCUAUUCUAUUUGUCUUAAUUAAUUUGCUCUUGG